UGUGGGCGUGGUCAUGGCGCUACACGUGGUGUCGGUGCUCAGUGUUUAAUCCUUCAGGGAGAAUGUGAGGAACUUCAGGGAAUACUGCUGAACUCCGGAGAGGUGGUCUGAGGUGAAGCUGAAGUUCUGUAGAUGUUCUCCAAAAACAGAGCACCAGGAAGGGAAUAAAAGAGGGAAAUAAACAGGAGAAGGGUUUUUUUUUGCUCCGGAUUUGCGGCAGGAUUCGAUGAAUUGGUCCAGAGGUCAUGAGUUGGAUUGCUGGAUGGCACGAGGGACGAUGAUCGAUACUCAAAUUGUGAAGCUCUCGCCGUGUUGUGAUUACUAGAGCUGGUCAGGGAUGGGAAACUCCGAGAGCCAGUACAGCAUUCAGGGGUCUCGGAGCAGCAGCUUCACGCUGCCUAACAGACAGAAACCCUAUUCAGUGAAACUCCGUUCCUCCAAAGAAGACGUUUUGCCACCUCAUGGCUGGUGGAGGACAGGAUCUUCGGUUUCUGGCUCCAAAUCCAAAGCAGAAUUACGUGGCUGUCUGUCACAGCACAAGUCACAGCUCUCCGUGUCGAGUCAUUAUGACUACAUCGCCAAUGGAAGAGAAGCAAAGAGAAGGAUUAGCGCUCAGUUGAACGGUCUAACACGAGGAAUGGCGUUGUCCGAAAACGGUCUCAAUGAGGAACAUGGACAGGACUGUAGCGGUCACACAGUAAAUGGGAACAAGACACCCGAGACGAAGCUCAAACCGGAGGAACUGGAAGAUUACAGCAGCCCGAGAGUUCUAAUCAAGAACGACGGCAGUGUUCGUGUCGAGUUUAACCAGAUCUCGAAAAACUCUACACUCCCAGAUGAGAAUGGAGGUUCUGUCCAACUGCUGAAAUUUUCCCCCACGUCAAACCUCGAGUCCGCCCCAGGUUGUGAAUCCGCUCCAGCGGUAAACAUCUCCAUGGCCAAGACCAGCAAACGAAGCUCACUGAGUUCUGAAGGCAGCUGGUACGACUCACCAUGGGGGCCUGGUACAGAGCUGAACAAUGACGACACCGGAGCCUCACCCAACCGGCUGUCGGAAACUCUUCCCUCGGUGCGCAUCGAGUAUUUUGACGAGCACCUGCCUUCUCGUCGUCUUUACCUAGACCCCACCAUGGCCUCCACAUUUCCUUCUGCUAAAGAUCUCAUGCUUGGAGAUGAGAUGUCUUUCAAACACAGAGCCUCAUUUGUAUGCAUGGUUGAAGAACCUGUUCUGGACGAGGCCUCAGGGUUAAGGCAGUACUCUUCCUUCACGUUACCGUGUCCCAAACACAAACCCAUCACGGAGAACGCCGGAAAGAAGGAUGCCAUCAGGAACAGAAUGAGAAGGCUCAGUAAUUGGACUGGAAGCUUGACCAGAAGGAAGAAAAAGUCAAAGGAGCCGAGAUAUAAAGAGCCUCUUGAUUGUUUCGACAGUGGUAUAGACGGUCUAACGGCUGACACCAGCUCCCCCUCUCAGGUGUCCAGUCUGCUGGGGUACCCCAAGGUCCCAUCUCGGGGCCGCUCCCAGUCCCAGGUGCUGCCCUCCUGCGGCGGUUCUGUCUGCGCCCUUUACCCGGGCACUGAUGCUUUGCGGCAGAACAUCUACGACAACUUCAUGAGGGAGCUGGAGACGAGCCAUGCGGCAGCAGGAAGUGGGGAGGACAGAGGAGACAACUCCGCAGAGGACACAGAGAGCAGCAGUCAGGAGACAGUGGGCUCGCUGGAGCAGUUGGAUCUGCUUUGUGAGAAGGAGCAGGGUGUGGUGAGGAGAGCCGGCUGGUUGAUCUUUAAACCUCUGCUAACGCUGCACAAAGACCGCAAGCUGGAGCUGGUAGCCAGACGCAAGUGGAAACAGUACUGGGUGACCCUAAAAGGCUGCACGCUCCUGUUUUAUGAGACCUAUGGAAAAGGUUCUCCAGAGCAGGAGUCUGUACCGUGUUAUGCUCUGCUGGCAGAGGAUGGAAUUGUCCAGGCAGUACCUGAGCACCCGAAAAAGGAGAAUGUCUUCUGCCUCAGCAAUGCCUAUGGAGAUGUCUACCUGUUUCAGGCCACCAGUCAGACGGAUUUAGAGAACUGGGUAACUGCGAUCCACUCGGCCAGCGCGUCUCUCUUUGCUAAGCGUCAUGGCAAGGAGGACACGCUGCUCCUGCUCCGAGGACAGAUCCGCAAUCUGCUGCAGAAGAUCGACAUGGAUGGAAAGAUGAAGAAGAUGGCAGAGCUCCAGCUCUCUAUCGUAACCGAUACAAAGAACAGGAAGGCCAUCGAAAACCAGAUUCAGCAGUGGGAUCAGAACCUGGAGAGGUUCAACAUUGAUCUGUUCCGUAUGCGCUGUUACCUGUCCAGCCUGCAGGGGGGAGAGUUGCCCAACCCCAAGAGCCUCCUGGCCACUGCAAGCCGUCCCUCUAAAGCAGCUCUCGGGCGCCUGGGAAUCUUCUCUGUGUCCUCCUUUCAUGCACUGAUCUGCUCCAGAGACGAGGCGACUCUUAGGAAACGCACUCUGUCUCUUUCCCAGAGGAGCCGCAGUAGGAGAGGAGUGUUCUCUUCACUCAAAGGCCUGGACAGUUUGACCAAACGCAGUCGGGACAAAAGACCUAGUGCCUCACAGGUUUUUGAUGGUGCCGCAGGAGAACCCUUUGGUUUUGUCCCUCCGUACAGCAGAGAGAGACUGGACUCGCUGGCUGACGGUUACUCGCUAGCUCCACCCGAUGGCGGUCAGUGGGACCGAGGCGUGAAGGAGAGGCCGGUGUGGGUUCACAUGCCCGAGCAUCAGGCUGUUACAGUGGCUCUGAGUGAACGCCAUACAGUCGCUGACGUCCUGAACACGGCCUGCAAGGCGAGGAACCUGGACCCCAGCGCUCACUGUCUGCGCCUGCGCAGAUGCUUAGAUGAUCGGAUGGAGGUCUGGACUCCGGCACCACACGAGCUCCUUCAGAACCUGACGUAUGAUGAGUUGGAGGUCAGCGCUCACACUGUCCACACGCUCCACAUGACCAAGCCCACAUGCACUGGGGACUUUGGGUUUGCCGUUACGGGACACGUGGACGCUCUGCACCACAGCCGCAUCGUCGUCACUGAAGUUCUCGCGGAUGGAAUCGCGUUCGGUGAAGGUCUGAGGCCCGGCGACGAGAUCCUGGUUCUGAACGGCUGUCAGGUCUCGUCUCUGGAACUGGCUCUCAUUCAGACGCUGUUCAGCGAGAACACACUGCACCUCACCAUCAGACGAGAACCGAGCGACCGGACACACACACCUCACAAACACGCAUCGCUCACACACGCACCUCUUACACACGCAACUCACACACACACACCUCUCACACACACAACUCAUACACACACACCUCUCACACGCAAGCCGGCGAGGGACUUGCUGUACCGCCAUCACAGAGCCAAAUCUGCUACAGACGUGUCCUGUGUGUCCGAGGCCUCGGGUAACGAGGUAGAGACGAGGAGACACCAUCGCCAGAGCCUCCGAGCCGUGCAGCACAGCAAGAGCGUGGAGACGGUGUGCACUCUUUAUCACUCCUUCCAGGACUCUUCUGGAGGACUGAUGGAGGUCCAGAAGGAGACGGUGGGACAGGACACCGCGCUGCUCAGACCCUGUCCACGACACAUGUCUGUCACUGAAAGACUCCGCAAGGUCGUGCAGGAGCUGGUGGACACGGAGAAAUCCUACGUCAAGGAUCUGAGCUGCUUGUUUGAGAUCUACCUGAAGCCCCUGCAGAUGGAGACGUUUCUCACACUGGAUGAGAUGGAGAGUUUGUUUGGGAGUCUGCCAGAGAUGCUGGACUUCCAGAAGGUGUUUCUGCAGACCCUGGAGGAGAGAACUGCCUCCACACCCGACUUCAGCACACUGGAAACCCCCAUGCAAUUCAAGAAGCUGCUGUUUUCUCUGGGCGGAUCGUUUCUCUACUACGCCGAUCACUUCAAACUCUACAGCGGCUUCUGCGCCAACCACAUCAAGGUCCAGAAGGUUCUGGAAAGAGCUAAAACGGAUCGAGCCUUUAAGGAGUUCCUGGACGCGAGGAAUCCCACCAAGCAGCACUCGUCUACUUUAGAGUCGUAUCUGAUUAAACCGGUGCAGAGAGUGCUGAAGUACCCCUUACUGCUGCGAGAGCUGGUGUCUCUGACCGACAAAGACAGCGAGGAGCACUAUCACCUUACCGAGGCCUUAAAGGCGAUGGAGAAAGUGGCCAGCCAUAUAAACGAGAUGCAGAAGAUCUACGAGGACUAUGGCCCAGUGUUCGACCUGCUGGUGGCAGAACAAAGUGGCCUGGAAAAAGAGGUGUCUGAGAUCUCGAUGGGUGAGUUUCUCCAGCAUGCGUCAGUGAUGUGGCUGAACCCUCUGCCGUCUCUGGGCCGCAUGAAGAAGGAGCCGGAACUGACCGUGUUUGUGUUUAAGAAAGCAGUGAUUCUCGUCUACAGAGAGAACAACAAGCUCAAGAAGAAAAUGAAUGUUCCACGGACUGCACACACUCAUGGAGAUCAGGACCUGUUCAAGUUCCGCUGGCUCGUUCCUCGAUCAGCACUGCAGGUGCGACUGGGAAACACAGCAGAAAAUAACUGUGUCUGGGAGUUGAUCCACACCCGGUCGGAGCAGGAGGGUCGCCCCGAGACGGUGUUCCAGCUGUGCAGCAGCACGCCCGAGUGCAAAGUGAACAUGGUGAAGGUGAUUCGCGCCGUCCUGCGGGAAAACGUGCGCAAAGGGAUGCGAGCGAACGAGCGGCCAGCCGAGAGAACGUGCAGAGAACAGCUCACUCCUAUGAAGGGGAGUUUACCUUCAUCAGCUAAACUUGGUUCCUCUCGAGCGUCCUGGCUGUGCCAGAAGCCCCUUGGCGUCAUCUCUCUCGCCCACAGUGAAGCUCUGAAGUCCACACAACUGGACUCCGAUUCAGCGAGCGAGAGCAGCGGAGACCCGCCCCCUGCCCCACAUGAGGCACCGCCCACUAACCCCGCCCUCAGACACAUCGGCAUGAGGGAGUCGGAUAUUCUCAGUGACGACGACGGGUUCAGCGAGCGCUUGGCUCGGUGCGACUCCAAUACGCCCGGCUCGAUCGAGUCACGGCUCCAGGAGCUCCACCUGAGCCCUGAGGUUCGCGUGGAACCCGAAGGUCGUGAGGUGAACUCUCCGGAGAUGCUGCCGCCGCUAAAGCGGGCUCACUUCAACGCCGUGAGGCGGCGCUCGGUGAAAAGCGAGCCGAGACGCAGCCAGGCGGCGCUGCUGAGUCUUAGGCAGCACAGCCGCUCUUUCGACAGCCAGUCGGAGGUGAUGAGUUCAGGUGUCGACCUCAACACGCUGCUCGAGAGGGACUUCAGCGUCCACAGCCUCACCUCGGUCAUCAACGAGGACUGUUUCUACGAAAAUGCCACCAAGAGCAGCGCCACGGCGACCACAUCGUAGCCAUGAAUCUGUACAGUGACUCUCAGGUCCAGGACGUAAAACGUUCAAGGUUUUGGGCAGGGGAUUUUGGACGAGCUGAAAAAUUCUCCCAAAGCCCUCACAAUGAGUGAUGCUCAAGAAGAGACGCUUACGUGUCCACACUUUCGGAUGAUGUUUUUGCCCAGAGCAACACGUGUGUCCUAUCACGUGAGCCUGGGCUGCAUAGAACCUCUAGGAACGACGAUCCAGAUGUUGCAUCUGUUUAUUUGGUGCCUUUUUUUUUUUUAGCUGUGCUUUUAUUGUUAGGUUUUUCAGCUCUAUUAUUUAUUGAUGAGUAUAUUUUCCUUAUGAACUGAAAGCCAAAGGUUAAGACUUGAUUACUUUUCUUUCUUGAAGUCAAACGUUUGCAUGGUGCGUUUGUUGCAAAAUUCCAGGAAUUUUCAAGACUGGAAACAUUCCAAGGGAAUUAACAGGAAUAUACUGGGAAUUUACAAAAUUGCAGGUGAGCCUAUAACAGGGAACAUAAAUUUAGGGAACAUAAUGCAGUUUUAGUUGAAAGUUCUCUAAAACCUGCACACAAAAUAAUGUAAAAAAAAAAAAAUUACAUUUAACAAUUAAUUCAGUCAAAAAUGUAAUUUUUUUAAAUCGAUAUUAGUUUGCAUGCAUGUCAUCUUAUAGCCAAAGAAAAUGUUUGUAUAUGACAGAGUUUAUAUACAUUUUCCCAAAUUUCUAAUCGGUUCCCAUAAAUUCCUGUUACUUGGAAUAUUUCCGACGUUCCCAUGAAAAUUUACAGAACAUUUUCCGCGACUUGUGAGUGCGUGAGGCUGAAACACACGGACUGCUUCAGCCUUCGUUAUUACGAUGGACGUGUGCGGUGUCCAGAACGUGCUCAGUGCCACAGCGAGAAAAACAUAAAAACAUCACUUUUAUAGAAAUAUGUACAGUUUUUUUUUAUGAACAACCGUAAUUUGUAUUGCGGUUUAUCGGUUUGCCAUUUUAACUAUUCUGAUCUGCUGUAUGUAAAUAAACCGAGGUCUUGGACAGUCACAGUCCUGCAAAGACGUUUUUGAAACCAACAAUGAAUAAAAAUGUCUUUUGGUA